AUGCACACCAGAUAUCCACAUAGACUAGACUUCCACAUCCCUACAACCCAGACGUCUCUAUCCACACAGCCGCCCACAGACACCAGAUGUAUCUACCCACAGACAUCAGAAGUCCCCAUCCACACAGACCAAACGUCCCCAUCCACACAACCAUUCACAGACACCAGACGUCCCUAUCCACACAGACCAAACGUCCCCGUCCACACACUCCAGACGUCCCCAUCCACGCACUCCAGACGGCCCCAUCCGCACAGACCAAACGUCCCUAUCCACACACUCCAGACGGCCCCAUCCACACAGACCAAACGUUCCUAUCCACACACUCCAGACGACUCCAUCCACACAGCCAUUCACAGACACCAGACGUCCCCAUCCACACAAACCAAACGUCCCCAUCCACACACUCCAGACGGCCCCAUCCACACAGCCAUUCACAGACACCAGACGUCCCCAUCCACACAGACCAAACGUCCCCAUCCACACACUCCAGACGGCCCCAUCCACACAGCCAUUCACAGACACCAGACGUCCCCAUCCACACAGACCAAACGUCCCCAUCCACACACUCCAGACGGCCCCAUCCACACAGCCAUUCACAGACACCAGACGUCCCCAUCCACACAAACCAAACGUCCCCAUCCACACACUCCAGACGGACCCAUCCACACAGCCAUUCACAGACACCAGACGUCCCCAUCCACACAGACCAAACGUCCCCAUCCACACUCCAGACGGCCCCAUCCACGCGCACCGUACAACCCGUCCCCCUUCCCGGUCACAACGUCAACUAAAACGCCACAUUCAGGGCUUAAAGCAGACGGCACUGCACUCCCUCUAAACCACACGGAACUGUUCACUGUCCCGAUUGUUUGCCAGAGUUGA